AUGGUUACGAGACUUUUUAGUGCAAACCCUUUUGACGAGGAUGUCGAUAAGGCUACUUCGGAAUUGAUUCCUAAAGAUCACGAUGAUAUCAUAUUAUAUCUUGAUAUCAGUGAUCAAAUUCGUAGUAAAAAAGUAUUAGCAAAGGAUGCGAUGAGAGCACUCAAAAGAAGGAUCACUCAUUCUAAUCCUAACGUUCAGCUCUUGGCUCUAAGCCUGACAGAUACUUGCGUGAAGAAUGGAGGGAACCAUUUCCUGAUUGAAGUGGCAUCACGUGAAUUUGUAGAUAGUUUGCUGUCAAUUGUCAAGUCUUCUACGGCUAAUACAGAGGUUAGAAAUAAACUUCUUGGCUUAAUUCAAACAUGGGCAUUGGCUUUCGCUAGCAAACCCGAGUUGUCGUAUGUCACAGAAACAUAUCGAUUGUUGAAAGUAGAAGGUUGUGUAUUUCCAAAGGUCGAUCAAACAUCAUCAGUUAUGAUUGAUACCGCAACGCCACCUGAAUGGACUGAUAGUGAUGAAUGUGUACGAUGUAGAACUCCAUUCACGAUGUUUAAUCGCAAGCAUCAUUGUCGAAAUUGUGGUCAAACAUUUUGUGGUGAAUGUUCAUCCAAAACAUCUACAUUAACACAUAUCGGAAUAAAUGAGCCAGUACGCGUAUGCGAUGCUUGUUAUGUAAAGAGACAAGUUAAGGCUAGAAGUAGUGUUGAUUUUUCAAGUUCCAAAAGUUUAUCAAGCCCUACAGCGCCUCCUACGCUGUAUUCAUCUUUCAAUGAAAAGGAUGAAGAAUUGAAGAAAGCAAUUGAGAUUUCGUUGAAAGAGGCCGAAUAUAAUAAGAAUUAUGUUCAACCUGCUCAGCAGAAUAUUGCAAAGAAGGCAGAACCUGUGAAUAAGCAGGAGGAAGAGAUGGAUGAAGAUCUUGCAGCAGCAAUAGAGGCUUCUCUUCGUGAAAUGCAGAUCAAUCAACCUCGUUCCGCGACUUCAUACAAUACAACUUCUAAUUAUUCAACUUAUAAUCCUUAUGAUUCUAAAUCAUCUGACCUUUCUGCCGCUUAUGAACUGUCGACAAUUGAAACCGAAAAUAUUUAUCAAUUUUCAGAAUUACUCGAUAGAAUUCAACACAGUGGAGGAGAUUUAAUGAGAGAUCGACAAGUUCAGGCACUGCAUGAUAAAAUUGGGGAGUUGAAACCAAAAUUAACGAAAAAUUUGGCUGAAACAAUACAAAAACAUCAGGAUCUCGUGGAUAUGCAUGAAAAAUUGUCACAAGUCUUAAAGAUAUACGAUCGACUUAUGGAAGAGAGAAUGUCGAAUACAUAUGCUAAACGUUCUUCUUUAGCUUCUUAUCCUACGUCUCAACAUUCUGCAUCAUCGAUGAUUCCAAGUGGUGGGCCCACAUAUCCUGCUACACCUAGUAUUCGUACCUCCAAUAUUUAUACACAAUCACCUUCUUACCCAGUUGCUUCAGCACCGGCACCUUCACCAACUUAUUACUCGGCACAUACCGUACCUCCCUCACAGCCAUACAUACCACCCCAACAGAAAGCUGCAGAGAGCGCACCGAUUACAUCUUAUACACCUAAUCCAGCUUCCAGUGAGAUUAAUGCUGUCGGAAAUCCAGGUGAGUAUAAAUCGAACGUUAAUAUAAAUCAACAAGGGUUUAUACCACAGACAAAUGGUACUGGUUCAGUCCAUGCUCCACAAUCGAAUAGUAGUAAUUCAGCAUAUGUACCCCCUCAGGCAAAUUAUGGGGUUGAUUACGGGUAUCAAACACCAUUACAACAUCAACAAGCGCCCCCUCCACAGCAAAAUUACUAUCAAUAUCAAACUCCUCCAUCUUCACAACAAAUUCAUUCUCCAUCUCCAUCGCAUCAGAUAGAAGAACCACUAUUGAUUGAACUUUAA